AUGAAUGUGAAAGGAAGAAGGCAACGGCGAUUGAUUAUUAUAAUAACUCUUUUCGUUUCCUUUGUAUUAUUGCUCGCAGGAGUGGGUCUGUCGUUUACAUCAUCAUCAUCACCUUUGAGUCCUUUUGCAUUUGGAAAGGAAGAAGGAAAAAUCAAAGGACUUCUCGGCGCAGACGAUGCGGGAUUCUUAAAUCCAGACGAGGAAGAAUCGACCAAAGUAUUAGUCGAGGAUGAGGUGGAAGUGCACGGAAAGAACGAAGAAGAAGAAGAAGAAGAAGAAGAAGAAGAAGAAAACGGACAGACGGGGGAAUUAUUAGGUGUUGGUGACCAAGAGGAAGAUGUUCGAAACGAAGAUAACGACGAAGAGGAAAAUGUCAAACGAGAUGAAGCAGAAAGUGAAGAAGCAGUUGCUUCAAAAACAAAGAAAACUACGACGACAACAACGUUCUCUCGCCACGCUUCGCACUCGCACGCGUGCUCGCCAGAGUACAUCGCACUCUUCCCGCCAAAAGCGAAAGCAAAUAAAGCAACCAUCGUUUCCACACUCGCGCAUAGAAAGAACUACGAAAACACGGGAGCUUAUCGAGAUAAGAAGAUCCCCGCGUCCAUAUUACCAAACUCUGGGAGAGAUAUUUUGGCAGCACCAGCAGUAGUAGCGACAAAUAGUGUAGCAGCAAAUGGCGACGCGCCCUGGCGAACGUGUGCGCUCGUCGGGAACUCAGGACAUCUUCUCAAAAUGGAUUACGGGAAACAAAUCGACGCGAACGAUGUAGUCGUGCGCAUCAAUCAAGCCCCGACGAAAGGAUACGAAAAGUUCGUCGGAAAGAAAACAACGCACAGAUUAUUAAAUAGAUUGUGGACAAUCGCAUACCACGACGGAAGCGGCAUAAACAAAAUCUACCGAGGCGGAGGGUGGCCUUUGGAAAAAGGAGUCACUCUGAUUUCUUCACGCACGGCGGCGGAAAAUUUCGUUCGGUUAGCGUAUUACGUAAAGAAUAAGUUGAAACGAAAAGACGUGCAGACUUUAUUUCUCAUGCCUGAAAUCCGAGCGGUGGCGGAGAAUUCGUUGAAGAAGUUCCGAAAAUGUUACGAGAAGAAGCACUCGAAAAACUUCAAAGGCGGUAAUUGCGCGUCGUCGGGUUUAGUAGGUAUCGCAAUGUUACGUCCGUUGUGCGUGAAUAUCACAGUGUACGGUUUAGGAAAAGGCCAGCGAGGCGAUCCGUACCAGUAUUAUCGUUUGAAACAAACGCAUAGGAGUUAUGGGAACCCAGUGCACAGCUUUGACACGGAAGACAUCAUGUUUAGGACAAUGGCCAACGAUGGAGUUAUUAACUUUUGCAACGCAAAAGAAGAAUGUAGAUUCAAUUAUUAG